GGCGGUGUCGCACCACCCGUACGAAAAUAUUAUCAUCGCCGCAAAAAUAAAAAUAAUAACAAUAAUGAUACGGCGAUCGCUACUACUGCACUCCCACCGGAACUAAUAACAAAACGUAGGCGGACGGCCGACUGUAUUUUCGGCACGUUUUAUCGCAUCCGUUUAUUGUCCACCAAACACCGCCAAAGUACUGUUAAUCACGACGUCGUAGAGUUGGGUUUUCGUACAUUUCUGUUAUCGAUUCCGCUGCGGCGGCGGCGGCGGCUCGAGCAGCAGCAGCUGACCGACUGGGAGUGACACACCGCGCGCGACCACCCCACCACGAGACCGUCGGUGCGGCUCCUUGCGAUCGAUCGGCGGCCGUGUUUGUGUUAUGGUCCGCUUACGAUGUAUGUGUGCGCGCGCGCUUGUUCGUGUGUGAUAAUAAUAUCGUAGCGAGACGCGAAGCACGUAAAAGUAAAACGAAACGAUGACCGGUGACAAAAUCACGGACACGGUACGGGCCGAGCGUACGACUGUGCCCGACAUUCGGUCGGCGAUCGUCGUAAACGCGUGAACGACAACACGACAGCGGAAACAACUUAGGGCAGGGACUUUUCGGCGGCAAGGAUGGGCAAGGACCACGAUCUGGUGAUUGCAGCCAAGACCGGCAAUCUCAACGCCGUGGAGAAGAUACUGGUGCAAAAGGCCAAGAGAACGGGACCGCUGGCCAGUUUGAGAAGAGGUGCUGGUGUAAAUACUCAAGACCAAACUGGCUUUACUGCAUUGCACCAUGCUUCAUUAAACGCGUACAAGGAAAUCGUUCAACUUCUCUUAUGUAACGAAGCAUCAACAAAUGUAGUUGAUCAUAAAGGCGCUGCUCCACUACACUACGCUGCAUGGAGAGGCAAUGUUGAUAUAGUCCGCUUGUUGCUCUGCCACGGGCCGUCAAUACCCAAUGUCAACCAUAUGACAAAAAAUCGAGAAACUCCGUUACAUUGUGCUGCCGAACACGGUCAUUCAGGUGUGGUUGUACUACUCCUAGAACAUGGUGCUGAUCCUACUAUAAGAAACCACAAACAUGAAACUCCUUUAGACUUAUGCGCACAAUAUGGAAGACUAGAGACAGUAGAACUAAUUAUUACUAAACGACCAGAACUGAUAAGAUCGUACAAUUCUCGUGCGGCAGGUAUAAUGUUUGCUCACACUCCCUUACAUUUAGCAAGCCGAAAUGGCCACAAGACUGUAGUAGAGCUACUAUUAUCGGCUGGAAUGGACGUCAACGUUCGUACCGGUAGCGGUACCGCACUUCAUGAAGCUGCUCAAUGUGGCAAGACUGAAGUAGCGAGAACACUACUAGAUCACGGAAUUAAUACCCACAUACGGGACAUCCAUAGGCGUACGGUAGAAGAUCUUUUAAAACAAUUUCCACCCAAAGCUGGUCCUGCUGUAGAAAUAGCAGCCAUGCUGCAAAAUCAUCAGUUUAAUAAUAACAAUGAAAGUGAUAUGGAAACCGAAAGGAGGAGUGAAAAUGGUGAUUUGGUACCAAUACCUCUAUUAAGUAGUCCCUAUGAAAACAUGUUAUCACCUAGUCCUUCUCCCACUCGCUGGGAAAAGCACAAAAGUCGCCGUGUAUCAGAAUCUUCGGCGAUUUCUGAUGGAAAUUACCAUUCUGGCCGUUGGUACAAAAAUGAGCCUACUCCACUUUCUAGGUCCUUAAUAGAAUCUAGUUUUCUCUCAGGUCCUGAACUAGACACUGUAAGUAUAAGUUCUUCGACAACUUCUAGUGGCCAUAGACCUGUAUCUUCUUCAAUAUAUUUACCAAUGGCUCCAUUGAAUCCGAGUGCACCUAAUAUUUCUCCUGUAGCAUCUAAAAGACUAACACCUGCAGCUGAUUCCCCAUCUCGAGUGUCUGCAAACAGCAGUAAUGGGCCUUAUGAAUAUUUAUACCAUGCUACUUCUGGUUCACCUUUGUCUGAUCAAAGUCGCCGAGGAGAAGUAUUACGCCGAGAGAAGUCAGCUGAUCAAUAUGUUGAAAUGAAACUACGACCAACUUCAGGUGAAGAGCCUGUAGCGUUAACUUCAAUUUACCAAAAUGUCCCUAUUCGUACAACCAACCCUCGACGAAAGCUCAAACGUCACGAUAAAGAUCCAGGUGCAAUAUUGUCACGGGGUGGUUUGCAAUUCAAACGUGUUGAACUAGAACCUGCUACAACUAACCAGGUCAUUGUUUCUGACCAUAAUGGUUUUAUUACUACUACUAUUUCAUCGUCCAGAGAAAGUUUACUUGAUGGAGAUGACACGCCUUCAGCUGACUGGCCACUAAGCCCUACACAUUAUCAUCAACCCCCUACUCCUGAUCAUCCACCGCCAUCGCCAUUACAAGCUGAACGUAGCAUACACGCUAGAAUACGACCACUGAGUCAAAUUUAUAGUAAUUUAAAAAGAAAAUCAAAAGAUAUGGAAACAGAAAUCGAAGAAGAUUUAUUAGUGAUUACUUGGGUGCCUGAGCCUCAUGCAUUAUUGACUGACAAAAGUGUAUCUACUUCUGAAGAAACUCCCGUAGAAGAAUUCGUAGGGGACACGACCUUUGCAGGAUUACUGAGGGGAUCAAUCAAUAGUAAUAGAGCCGAAAGACCAAAAACUUUACGUAAAUUACGCACAGUAUAUGACCCACCAGUUAUAGCUCAAUCACCUGGUUCCGCAGAAGACCAGUCAAAAAGUUCUAGUACCAUGUUGAGCCCAUUCGACGAACAAGAGGAAUGGGCUAAAAUAUCUGAUUUGAUAACAAAUCUAGGAAGCGGAAACGCUAAGGAAUCCAUGUGUAAUGAGCUUGAAAAAGAAUUCCAAGUCAGACUAGGAUUAAAUAGAUCAGAUAGUAAAGAAAAAUCUCGAAUAAAUUGCAAUGAUAGUCCAUUAACGGUUGAAUCAUGGCUAUUUGGAUUAGGUUUCCAAGACUUUGUCAAUGCAUUCAUUGAAUUUGGCUACGAUAAUUUGGACUUUAUUUGUGGCGUAUUAGUAGAAUCAGAUCUAAAAGACAUGGGUAUUGAAAACGAAACUGAUCGAACAAAGAUUUUAGAUUCUGUUAACGAUUUACCAUGCUUAGUAAAAGAAUUUUGGUCAAAGCGCUAUACCAAAGAUACGCCUAAAGCAAAAAGCAAAUCUAUUGCCGAUCUAGAUCAAGUUGACGAUGAAGAAGACGCUAAACAGAUGGAAGAAUGGUUGACUAGCAUUGGGCUGUCUUGCUAUAUAGAUACUUUCCGCAAACACUUAUACACGGACCUUGAGCGAAUAGCGAGGAUUUGGGAAGUAGAACUCACAGCGGUGCUAGAAAUCAACAAACCCGGCCACAGAAGAAGAAUACUGUCGUCUGUCGAUAACAGUAAGUCUCAGUUACUUCAAGCUGUUUCUGUCGGUGAUGGUUUAAACGAUAUUGGAAACGAUCUCAGGCAAUUGAAAAACAAUAUUCAGUCACUCAAGGAAAAAGUUGGUUCAAAACACUCAGUUCACGUGGCAUCCGGCACUGCUACACUACGGCACAAUCCUAAAAAGUCUAGACAUGCUCCUCUUCCACCACCAUUACAAAACUUUUCCAAUCGCAACAACAACGACUUAAUAAUCAGAGGGCCUUCAGAACUACUUUUUGGCGUUCCUUCUACACUGAUUACACAGUGGAGACACCAGCCAGCUGCACUGGUUACUGGAAAUGUCCAGUAUAUAGCGUCAUAUUUAGGUUCCACCGAGGUGAAAGAACCCAGGGGCACCGAGUCAACUAAGCAGUCCAUUCAAAAACUUAAACACGCUGUGGCCAAUGGCGCCCAACGGACGUUGCCAGAAGUUGCACUAGUAAUAUCAUACCGUGGUGUUCGGUUUAUGGACCCAAUGUCUGGUAGUUUAGUGUGCGAGCACGAGAUUCGCAACAUAGAUUGUGCAUGUCAAGACGCUGAUGAUUUGAAUCAUUUUGCUUAUAUCACAAAAGAUCAUCACACCAGCUCACACUACAGUCACGUAUUCAGCGUGUCUUCUAUGGACCAAGCGACCGAAAUUAUCUUGACGCUAGGUCAAGCGUUUGAAGUUGCUUAUCAAAUGGCUCUCAAAGGACAGACCAGUGUAAGCAAUCGGAACGGCAAUAACGGUCACACGAGAUCGUACUCGGCCAACCACAUGUUGCCGAACAUGAUCACCGGUACUCGAGACGGCCGGAGCAAUUCCCAUCAGCACGCUAGAUCACAUUCCGUGAACGAGAUCAAAGUAAAUGGUAUUCAAAAAGGCGAGUCGAACGAAAAGUCUUAAUAUUACUCGUAAACAUAUAUAUAUAUAUAUAUAUAUAUAUAUAUAUAUAUAUUUAGAAAUUUCAGCAUAACAUUAUUGAGUUCAAACAGUUACCAAAUAUUUUCAUAUUUUCAAAUGCGUUCAUUUAUAUAUAAAUAUAUAUAUAUGCGCAUAGCAUAAAUAACGCAAUUUUUUUUCUUUCAAAACGCUCAAUAUUAAAACAACAUUACAUGCUUGAUUUAUUAUUACUCUUUUUAUAAGAAAAUUUAAUCUAGCGAGCAAUUUUUUUUUAUAUCUAUUAUUUUUCAUUUAACGUAAACAAGUUUUGAAAAAUAAGUUUUGUUGUUUAUAAUAUCAGAAAUUUUAUGAUAUUUAUUCAUAUCUCGUAUUCUCUCGUAGAUCGUUAGAAAAUAUUAGCCUAAUACUUCUUAUUUAUAAUUAAUUCAUAUUUUAUUAAUAAUCUUAACUUCAAGGUUCACUAACUUAAUAUUAUUAGAUAGGUGCUAAGAUCAUACUGUUUAAGGCAGGCGUUCCUAUUUGACUUAAUGAUACAAUGCAUCAGCCAUAAAAAAAAUCGAGGCCAAAUUUGUUUUUACACCCAAUUUUUUGUGAUAUUUAUAAAGCCUUUUUAUAUUAUUUGUAUUAUUAUUUAUUUAUUAUUUGUAUAUAUGACCAAUGUUAUCUCAAUUUUUUUAUUGUAAUUUAUUUCUAAGCGAGGUUUUGAACACCAACCAAUCUUCAUUACUUACCCACGUUUUAGAUUACUGUAAUUUAACAUAUCCUCGUGUGUGAAAACACGCAUUCAAAUUUCUAAAUAUCUGUCUUUUGGGCCACCAUCACCUAUACAUAGCAUUUGAGUUGUUGAACGUUGUUUGUUUGUUUGUUCGCUUUUUAAUGUAUUUUAUCGUAGAGAAAUAUUUAUUAGAUAAUAUAUAGUAUAAUAUUUACUAUUAGUCGAUUCUGGAAUAGAAUACGUUAAUAUAUAGUAUUAUAUAACUAUUAAUAUUAUUAUUAUGUACAUGAGACCGUUGCUUAUAUUUUUAACAUGUACAAUAAUCCAUGUCACUGAAAUUAAUUUUGUUAACCGGUUGUGAACAUGUGUGCCAUUCUACAAUCAUUGUUGUGAAGUUUAACCCCAAAGAUUAAAAAAAAAACCAAAUAUACUUACAUGUUGUACGUUAA